CGGAGCCGCCAAGAUGGCCUCCUCCUCCUCCUCUCGCCUCCUCCUCGCCCUCCUCCUCUCUUGCCUCCUCCUCCGCGCCUCCCUCGCCUCCCCGGCCGGCCGCGAGUCGAGGGCCAAGAGGGAGAGCCAGAGAAGGAGCUGGUACGACCCGGGGCAGCUGUACUACGACUACGACGACACCCAAGACGUUGUCUAUGAGUUCGACAUCGGGGAAGACCUCGGCCUCCUGCCCGGGGAGGUCGACUCCUUCAGGAACGUGUUGAUCGACCUGAUGGACAUCCUGGACGACGGGACCGACGGGCAGCAGAAAAUCAUCCCAGAAUACGAAGAAGAAGAAGAAGAGGAAGAAGAAGAAGAAGAAGAAGAAGAACCCGCAGUCGUGAUCAUUGUCGUGGAGGACGAGAACUACGACCCGAGUGACAUCACGCUGGCCUCUCUGCUCUACGACGAGGACGCUUCGUGGGGGCCUUGCACUCGCUCCUGCUCCGCCCGGAGGCACAGGAAAUGCGUGUACCCAGAGCUGUGUGGCGACGAAGAAAUCUUAGAGAAGGCGAUGUGCUACGUGCCGGGGUCCAACUGUGAGACUGAGGUGAAGGAAUUCCUCGAGGAAGAAGGUUACAUCAUCGUGGAGAACAACGAGGACGAGGUGUUGGAGGACGACCUCGAGGCUGACCCUGACUUCAACCUCGGGGACUAUAUUGACGUCGAUGUGGUGGUGGUGGAGGACGACUACGGAGGUGAUGGAGCGGAGUACGGGAGUGAGGGAGCGGAGUACUACGACUAUGGCUGGUAUGACUACAUAAACAGCCUGACCGGCGGCGGAGAGGAGGAGGAGGAGGAUCCCGCGCAGGAAGAGGACUACGACUACGAGCAGGAGGCGCAUCAGGAUCAGGACGAAGGGGGAUACGAGCAGCAAGAGGAGACAGAAGUCCCGGCCGACGUAGGAUGCGGGAAGAAGAUGGUCGGAGGGCGCGAGGGCCUCCUGCGCAUCAUAGGAGGGCGGGAGGCGAGUCGCGGGUCCUGGCCGUGGCAGGUGGCCGUCCUCAACAGGUUUAAGGAGGUGUUCUGCGGCGGUACCCUCAUCAGCUCGCAGUGGGUGCUCACGGCCGCGCACUGUAUCCGCAAGCGACUCUACGUCCGGCUGGCUGAGCAUGACAUCCGCGCCUACGACCACCAGGAAGUGGAAAUGCGGGUCGAGUCAUACUUCACUCACCCCGACUACGACGAGGAGACGAUCGACAGCGACAUCGCCCUCCUGAAGCUCCCCCGCCACGCCUCCUUCAGCCGCUACGUCCUCCCCGCGUGCCUGCCGGGGAGAGGGACGCCGCCCCCCGCCAAGAGCAAGUGCGUGGUGGCCGGCUGGGGCAAGGAGAGGGAGACGCACAUCUUCGGCUCCGAUGUCCUCAACUACGCGAGGGUCCCCAUCGUAACGAAGUCGGCGUGUCGGAAGGCCUACCCCGACCACCCGCUCACCGACAACCACUUCUGCGCCGGUAACAAGCGAGGCACCUCCGACACCUGCGCAGGUGACUCCGGCGGCCCCCUGAUGUGCGAGGACCAGCAGGGCCGGUGGACGGUGCACGGCGUGACGUCCUUCGGCGAGGGCUGCGGCGACCACGGCAAGUACGGCGUCUACACCAAAGUGGCCAAUUACCUCGGCUGGAUCAAGAAAAUCAUCAAGGAAAACUAAAUUCACGGCUGUUUUUUUUCUCGAUUAUUUUGAACUGCUCUUUUUAAAGUGACUGGAUGUGGAGGCCGAUUUUCUUUUCUUUUUUUCAUUUUUUUUGUAUUGGUUUUAUGUUGUAGAUUGUCUUUUGUUUUUUUACAUAUAGAAGCAGUUUGCAGUUUUUAUUUGUGGUUUCACUUGAUAUUUUAAAUGAUUAAGUAUAGUUUACACCUUUCAGCAGAGAAAAAAACAAAUUGUUACGGUUGGUUUUAAUAUAGAUGCUAUAUGCUGUUAUUUUCCGCCAAUAUUAUAGUCAUUAUCAUUUCCAUAAAUGCCUUUGCCAGCAUUAUCAACAUUUACAUUUUUCAUUUACAUUUCUCCCACUUCUAACCUGGAUGGAUAAACCUUUGGAAAAACAUGCUCCAUGAAAUAUAGGAUAUCAGAAUGUUUCCAUUAAACAUUACAUAAAGAAGUAAAGAUU